GGUUUGAAAUAGGAAAGUUGGCGCGGCUGCGGGAUCCGGUUCUGGAGACCCGCUGUUGGCUGGUAUCGGUUCGUGUCUUUGUGGGGCAGGUGGUCGGGCUCAGGCCUGCCGGAGAAGGUGGUAAUUGAGCUGGGCUCCGAAACCCGCCUGUCGCGAUAGGGGAAACAUUGUCUUACAAAAUGGUAGAGGACGAACUGGCACUAUUUGAUAAAAGCAUAAAUGAAUUUUGGAAUAAAUUCAAAAGCACUGUCAGUGACACCUCCUGUCAGAUGGUGGGCCUAAGAGAUACCUACAAGGAUUCCAUUAAAGCAUUUGCAGAAAAGCUGUCUGUGAAAUUAAAGGAAGAAGAACGAAUGGUUGAGAUGUUUCUGGAAUAUCAAAAUCAGAUCUGCAGGCAGAAUAAGCUCAUUCAAGAAAAGAAAGAGAAUUUGUUGAAGUUGAUUGCUGAAGUAAAAGACAAAAAGCAGGAAUUGGACGCACUGACUGCAAAUAUCCAGGAUCUUAAGGAAGAAUACGCUAGGAAGAGGGAAACUAUUUCCACUGCUAACAAAGCUAAUGAAGAGAGGUUGAAAAGGCUACAGAAAUCUGCAGACCUGUAUACAGAUCGACUUGGACUAGAAAUUCGAAAAAUUUAUGGUGAUAAGUUGCAGUUUAUAUUCACUAACAUUGACCCUAAGCAUCCUGAGAGCCCAUUUAUGUUUUCCCUGAGCCUAAAUGAAGCAAGGGACUAUGAAGUGUCAGAUAGUGCUCCUCAUCUUGAGUGCCUAGCAGAAUUUCAGGAAAAUGUAAGGAAGACCAACAAUUUUUCGGCUUUUCUUGCCAAUGUUCGGAAAGCUUUUACUGCUAUUGUUUAUAAUUAAUGUAUAAAUAGUAUAGUAAAUAGUAAAAACCGUUAUCCCUAUUGUGUUUCUCUUUUUAAAAAAGGUCUCAUUAUUCGUUGUUUGUCUA